AUGUUUUUAUUUUGCCAGUUACAACGUUCAACAAUAAGCCAACGUCAACGACCGAUAGAAGCUUCGUUACACAAUCGUUUGUUAGUUUGGCGUUUUUUGAAAAAAAUUGAAAAUGAACCAAUAACUUGCGAACACGAACUUUUCAUAAAUAGUCAUAAUAAUAAUAGUUUCGAUAAUAACAAUCGAUGGAUAAUUGAUUUCAAUACAAAUUGUGAUAAUGAUAAUGGAAUUGGUAUGGAUAUUGAUUCGGAUAUAGUAAAUGUUUUAGGUAAUGAUGAAAUAAAUAAUAAUUCUACAUGUGAAACAAUGAAUAUUGAUCAAGCAUCAGAUGUAACUGUAUUAGUAAAACGUGCAAUCGGUGCGGAAAGAAGACAAAAAUCAUCAGCAGAUAAUUUUUAUUUCAAUGAUAGUAAUAAUAAUAAUACAAAUUUUCAUCAUAUGUCAGAAACAAAUACAUUUGAAGAAACUGAGCAAUUUUUUCAUGAUCUUUGUACUGAAUUAACGAAUACGACAGCUUCAAUUGUAUCAUCUUCAACAAAUGUGUUAAAUUUUUCAACCUCACAAGAACAAACACUUAUUCAUUAG